AAACGCUCUAUCAUGUCCUCCCACUGUCCAUGAAGUCAAGCCAGCGGAGAGGCGCACAGAGCGGCACAUGGUCAAUAUAUGUUGUUAUUCUGAAUAGGGAUAACAAAUCAAUUACAGAAUAGGGAUAACCAAUCGAUAGGAGAAGGAACGUGGACAUUUCUCAGGAACCAUGGCAAAAAGCUGGGCAGCGUUGUUUUACCUCAUUAUUUUGUUGCAAGGGUGUCAGCUUCUGGUGAUGGCAGUGGACAGCACUGGCCCACCAAGUCCUGAAUCUCCAGGAAUCAUACAGCGCACUAGGGAUGCAUACCGGUCAGCGGUGGACAGGGCAAAGGACUUGGGAGAGCUGGCGUGGGGCUUUGCCGAGCUGUACUACGAGGACCACCUGAAGGGAAGCAUGGAGCCCUACUGGCCCACCUUCGACUACUCCUCAGCCUGGAGCCGGGUCAAGGCCAGAGUGCCGUGGCGUGGAUCAGACUAACUGCAUCCAGCCAGUGCCCCUUGUCCACACAAACCUCUAUCUGUCUAUCUCAAGUCAAGUCAAGUCAAUUGCUUUUAUUUUGUCACAUUCAUUUGACAUGCAGUGGCAUAACAAUGAAGGGGCCUUCUGCUCUGAAUAUGCACACAUCAAAAAAUAGAAAACAACAACAUAUGCAUAUGCCAUUAAAAGGAAAAGAUGACUUGCAUGUUAGAAAUAAGUCUAACCUACUAAUAAGUUUGCUAAAAUAAAGCUUUUGUGUUCUGUGGCACAUACUGUGGUGUGGAGUGAUAUAUCUGUCCAUCAGCUGUAUAGAACUGCCCUAUGACCUUCUGUGACAUCUGUUUUUUGAUUUUAUACAGUGCAGUUACUGAAUUGGUCAUGCAAUAAAUGUGUUGAUAUGAA